GACAUAUCAGAAAUAAAAAAAUGGAGAGACAACUUUGUAACAGAACAGAGUGACAUGGGGGUAAACAUUGAACAACUGACUAAAAAACAAAAACAGAAUUUUAAAAACCUCAGAAAACAAAUGAGUGAACAAGAUAACAAAGUAAAGGAGCUGAACAAAGAAAUUGAAAGUUUAAACGAAAAAGAAAACAAGUCAAACAAAACAUUAGAGAAAUUAACUCUAGAUAUGAAAGAAUAUGAAAACAACUUACUGAAAAUAAAUAAAGAGAUGCAAGAUUACACAGACAAAAUAGACAGUAUAACACAAGAAAUUAAAAGACAUUCAGAUCAUAUAUCUACCCUACAAGAAGAGAGUUAUAAAAUCAAGCUUAACACAUCAACUCAAAUAGAAAAGCACAAGUUGAUGUACAAACUCCUACAACAAAGGUUGAUGCCCAUUGACAAACUGAUUCAAAUCUUUAACCAGAACUUGGAAACAAAGGAAAAAAGAAUAACAAAAGUAUAUGUUUAGUAAUUUGAUUAUGACGUUGAUAAUUAUGUAUUAAUAUUAUUAACACUAUGUUAAUAGACCAGUUAAUAACAUCACAAUGCAGCAAUUUUAUGUUCUACGUAACUAUGUGAGAUUUUCAAUCAUUUUAUAAAAUCGUUUUUAGCUGGAAAAUAUUGAAGAUAUUAUUUCAAA